GCGGCCGGCGCUCAGCUGGGCUGUGUUUACAGCUCUGCGGUGCUAGGGCCGGGGCUAUAUCCUGAAGCGGAGCGGAGCAGAACGGGUCGUACCGGACCACACCGAGCCGAGCCGCCGCUCAGGGGAAGAUGGUAACGUGCAAUUAAAGGGAUGCUUCAGCACUGAGGGGCUGCUUGGUUUGCUCCCUGCGUUGUGACCAGUGAAGGAUCACCUUGAUCCCUGCUCAUAUUCGUGGCAGUCGGUGCCUUGCUUAGAAGCGUGAAAAGCGCAGCUGGGCUGAUUGUGGAGGGAGAGGGUCUGGUUUUAAAAGGCUUGUCAAAAUUUUAGUGCCCUUGAAUAUGGGAGGUGCAGUGAGUGCAGGAGAAGAUAAUGAUGAAUUAAUUGAUAACCUGAAGGAGGCACAGUACAUCAGGACAGAACUGGUGGAACAGGCGUUCCGAGCCAUUGAUCGAGCAGAUUACUACUUGGAAGAGUUCAAAGAAAAUGCCUACAAGGACUUGGCAUGGAAGCAUGGAAAUAUCCAUCUCUCAGCACCGUGCAUUUACUCUGAGGUGAUGGAAGCUUUGGAUCUGCAACCAGGGCUGUCGUUUUUGAAUCUUGGCAGUGGCACUGGUUACCUGAGUUCUAUGGUUGGACUCAUCUUGGGCCCUUUUGGUGUUAACCACGGUGUGGAGCUUCAUUCCGACGUGAUCGAAUAUGCGAAGCAGAAAUUGGACUUCUUCAUUAAAACAAGUGACAGCUUUGACAAAUUUGAAUUUUGUGAGCCAUCUUUUGUAAUUGGCAAUUGCUUGGAGAUCUCUCCAGACUGCACUCAGUAUGACCGUGUUUACUGUGGGGCUGGAGUACAGAAGGAACAUGAAGACUACAUGAAGAACCUGUUGAAAGUUGGGGGAAUUCUUGUCAUGCCUCUAGAAGAGAAGUUGACAAAGAUAACUCGCACUGGUCCUUCUGCCUGGGAAACCAAGAAGAUUCUUGCUGUUUCUUUUGCUCCUUUGAUUCAGCCUAACCACGCAGAUUCAGGAAAAUCAAGGCUUGUUCACUUGCCCCCAGUGGCUGUUCGCAGCCUGCAGGACCUGGCUCGCAUUGCCAUCCGUGGAACCAUCAAGAAACUCAUCCAUCAAGAAACAAUGGGCAAAAGUGGCAACGGGCUCAAGAGCCCCUCAAAGUUCAAACGAAGACGUGUGCGGCGCCGUCGCAUGGAAGCCAUUGUUUUCUUGGACAAAGAGGUCUUUACUAGUCGGAUCUCCAACCCAUCAGAUGAUAACAACAACAGUGAGGAUAUCGAGGAUGACACGCAAGAAGAGGAAGAAACUAAACCCUCGGAACUAAAGCCAGAUCCCCCUGUAAACUUUUUGAGGGAGAAGGUCUUGAGUCUGCCUUUGCCUGAUCCUUUGAAGUAUUACCUGCUUUAUUACAGGGAGAAGUAAUUUCCUCCUUCUAGAAGGCUGGAAGUAGGCAGAAAAUAAAGUACUACUUAGGGCUUGACAAAUGUAUGCCACUUGCUUGCCUGCUAAUACGACCACCCAAGGCAGUAGGCUAGCUGGGGGAUGCAGCUGCUGUAUACUUAAACAUUAUAGCUUUUACUUGAGUUUCUUCUUUCUUCUCAGUUGUGUGCUAUAGUUUUAUCCUACAGCAGGGAUUACUGAGGCAGCAAGUUGGUGAAAUGCUCAGCUGCUGAUGGAAAGCAGGAUUUCAGUCCCUGGAACUAACUGCACAGAGAUCCUCUCAAUCUCGUGGCUGCUCUACUGAAUUGCAGCUCUUAAUAUUCUUAGCGGUUCCCCAAAGACCUUUGCUGUCUGUGCUCUCUCCCACUAAACGUGCCAUGUGUUUUCCAUGGUGUGUGUUUAAUGGAGAAGGAGGAUUAUUAGUAAAAACUGACCUGGCAAAUCUUAGUUCUUCCAGUAAUCUGAAAAAGCACAACAGAAUUCUUGGCGUUACCCUUGGGGCAUCCAGGUUUUGAAUGAGAAAGAAGGCAUUGGCUCCCCUUUGGUUGGUCUCGGUUUUGCUUAGAAAUGAAACUUGAUUUUUCAAUAGAAGGUAGAAAUGUUUUACAGAAUACUGAUUUUAUCAAUGGGAGACUCUUGUUCUGAUGAAUUAGUCUCAUAUGCAAAGUUGUUGAGUUUUAUUUGGCUUUUUUUGUAGCAAUGGAGGCAAGUGCAGGAUUGCUGUGCUUGUUGUCUGUGACAGGAUGCUGGGGUAGGCAGGGUUGUGACCUUUUGUCUCUGGGAGUGUUUGCAGGGUAAUCCUGAAUAGGGAAGAGGGUAGAGAGGUGAUGCUAGAGCAGUGGCUUUGUGAGAACUCACUGUCAAAGCAGUGUCAGUGGAUUUUGCUGUUGUGUGAGAGAACUUCUAUCUGCUGAGCUGAACAGUGAAGUGCAGAGUGCCACUGUGAGCAGAGUUGUUUGUGUCCUGGUACAUCAGCUGAAUGUAGUUGUUUGAGGAACCUGAAAACGGUCUAGAAAGCCAAACUGGUGCUGUUCUUGGGUGUUCAUGUGUGUGGCUUUGCUGUAGCAAGGUGGCCUGAACACAACUUGAGCACACACGGUCUGUGUACUGUAGGUGGAAUGGAGCUGAUUGACUUGGUAGGUUAUUUAUUCCUGCAACUAUUAAGUAAAUGCUUCAACAGGCUUGUAUAGAAGGGCUUUACACUAUGCAAUUCUGUGGAUGUGAACUCUCAUUUUUAUUCCUAAGUCUUCCUGGGAUUGUGAUGGAGGGAGAUACCAUGUUUACAAGGGGAAGUUUUACUUAGUUCAGCCUAUUUGAAAACAAUCUACCUAAACUACUAAGGGCUAGAGAGAAACCCUUGGGCUUGUAGUGAUGUGAAGUACUCCUAAACCUAGGGGAGGUUGUGGAAACCUGCUCUGAGUAGGUAAUGAAGCUAUGUUAAGGUGUUGCCCCAUCAGAAGCACUUAAGUUGGUAUCACUUGGAUAUCUUUUAUUGUUUUAUGCUGUCUCCUCAUUUUCGGAGGGGGAAUGAAUUAAAACUGUCUUCCCAAAAACACGCUGGGUUUUCGGUUCAUGAUACUGAGUUGCACAACUUGCUUAAUGAUAAACAGUGUUCCUGUGUGGCUUUGGAAAUAAAGGAAUAACUUGUAUGUCUAAGGUGGAGAACUCUUCCUUGAUUAACAGGCUUUUUGUGUGUGUUUGAGAACAUCAUCUGAUAACGUGGUGUUGUGUGGCUGCUGGCACAUAACCCAUAGGCUUUGGUUUGCCUCUGGUUUUCUAAGUGUCUCCUUCUGGUUCAAAUGGUACCCAAGCCAUUGUGUUCCCUCAGAUUUUAACUUCUUUCUGGGGCAGUUCUGUGGCCACUGAGUUGAUGGUUUCCUGUAAACAUGCAAAGAGCCACGUUGUAAUUCUGGCAACUGCAAUGGAUUUCUUUCUCCAGAUGAAAAUCCUGACUAUGGUGGUAAAUAGCGGUUUAAUAUAAUCCAUGUGUGAUACAUCUCUGUGCUUCCCCAAAGGCUCUGGCCUUUGUUAGCUGUUUCUGCUGAAUGGCCAUCAUACCAGGUAUGUGUCUUUCUGUACUGUGGCACAGUUUCCAUACCCUACAAAGUGCAGGGUCAUCCUUCAGUUUAAUUACAACACUUUGGAAGAAACUGCUUUAGAAAUGACAUUGAACUCCAGGUUUGUAUUGAUGAGCCAUGCUGAGGUGGUUGCUAAGCUGGCCAGUUGGGGGAGAAUUCCCUUUCAUUUAUCCCUGUUUGGUUUUUAUCCCUCAAUUCUAAAAGAUACUUUGAGAUUUUUUUUCACCAGAUUUGCCUUUUUUUAUUACAUUUGCUAGAUUUUUGUAGAUAAAUAAAAUACUACUAUUUUUCCUGCAUAAGGUUGAAUAAAUAUAUAUACGAUCUAUGUUCUAGCUUGUCAAAUUGACCCCUUGUCCAAAACCCCACAAAUCCAAACAAACAUGAUAGAGAUUUUGUGUAAUAUCGUGAAAUAGCAUUUUCUUAUAGUCAGUAAAUAAAGGGGAACUGUAAAUACAUCUUCCCUGUGCACAAGCAUUUGCACUGUUAUUUUGUAUGCAUCCAUAGAGUUAACUGCAGUGUAACUGUUCUUGUAUAGUCUAUAAGCUGUCUGGCAACUCUUAUCUGCUCUGUUUCCCUUUGUGUUCCAAGUAGUCUUCACUUGAAUUGUAUUUGACUCUCUCUAGGUUUCAGUACAGCAGCAAAUCUGCAAAGAGAAAUAAACUUCAAGCAGCUUUCAUCAUAAGUGGAAGAAUCUCUGUGUAGAAACUAGAGAUGAAUUGGCCUGAGGCAUGCAGAAGUGUUAUGCAAUUGAACCUUUAUUCCCAAGUGUUUCUGUAUCAAUAAAUGCAGUAAAGACUU